AAACAUAACCUCUCCUUGUGUCAUCUGUCAUUUCAGGAUGUUAGUAAAUCUUAAGAAAAAAAUAUUAUUUUAGAGUGGAAAUAAAGUUUAAGAAUAUUAUUCGGAGGAAGAUAAAUAGCAGUUAAUAAAUCAGUUUAAACUCUCACGAUGGACUUUCAAAAUCGACCUGGAGGAAAAACCGGCGGAGGAGGCGUUGCCUCCUGGUCGGAGAGUAAUCGGGAUCGACGAGAGCGGCUUCGUCAGUUGGCUCUCGAGACGAUAGACUUGAACAAGGAUCCCUACUUUAUGAAAAAUCAUCUCGGUUCCUACGAAUGUAAAUUGUGUCUGACGCUUCACAACAAUGAGGGCAGUUAUCUGGCGCACACGCAGGGGAAAAAGCAUCAGGCGAAUUUGGCCAGGCGAGCUGCGAAAGAAGCCAAAGAGGCGCCUCAAACUUUGGCCCCGGAAAAACCCAGAGUCGAGCCGAAGAAAUUCGUGAAAAUCGGAAGACCUGGCUACCGAGUGACGAAGCAGAGGGACCCGGAAACGGGACAACAGAGUCUCUUAUUUCAAGUCGAUUAUCCGGAAGUUGCGGAUAAUAUCGCCCCCAGGCACAGAUUUAUGUCGGCCUAUGAACAAAGGGUCGAACCUCCGGAUCGCAAAUGGCAGUAUUUGCUUUUCGCUGCCGAACCCUAUGAAACUAUUUCCUUUAAGGUACCAAGCAGAGAAGUCGAAAAAGCUGAGGGAAAAUUUUGGACCCACUGGAACAAAGAUACGAAGCAAUUUUUCCUUCAGUUUGCAUUUAAAAAUGAAAAGCCGUCGGUGGGAAAAGUUCCUCCGCCUCCGGUUCCGUUGAUUCGUCCAGGAUUGGGACCUCAGAUGAUGCCCGUUCCUCCGCCUCCGAGACCUCCAAUGUUCAAUCCUGUCCCCCCUCCUCCUUCGAUGAUGGGCGGAGGAAUGCAAAUCCCGCCUCCGCCUCCCCAUUUGUCUUGAAGAAAUUAUAUUAGUAAGUGACUUUUAUAUGCCUGACUAUAAUAAAAUCCAUUCAUUCAAUUUACAUUAAA